ACAAGGAACUAGCGUUUGUAAAAUUCACUUUCAGUCAGAGGCGUUUUAAGAGUCCUUUCAGAUUUUGUAGGGAUGUUUUUCGAUAAAUCUAUUUAUUCGGUUUAACGGAGAAGUUUACAGUUGGAGGUAAAGGUUCAUCUUUCGCUAUUAUUGUGCUCAAUCAUGGUAAUAAUAAUGGUCGAGCAAGGUGAAAACUGAAGUCUGGUUCCAGUCUUCUCAAUAUCCGAGUUCUGGUUGUAAACAAAACAAUUCCAGAAGCUAAAAAGAGACAUCUUCAUAAUCAUCAUCACCAGCAGUUCCUAUUUGGAUGUUGGACUUGGGCAAAAUGGAGGAGAGGAAAAUGAAACGAAAAAGUCCAAGACCCUCGGCCAACCAGGCUCCUCCUCAGGUCACUGCACGAAAGAACCUCAGCUCCAGCAACAGGACUUUUGGGUUCACCGGCACACACUUAAACCAGAAGACAAAAUUUCGCAGAGGUGUGAGAGAUAAGCCGAAGCUACAGAGUCAGUUGAGUAACCAAACUGCUCCUAUUCAGCACUCCUUCCUCACAGACGUGUCUGAUGUGCAGGAGAUGGAGAAAGGCUUGCUGAGCCUCCUGAAUGACUUCCACUCAGGAAAACUUCAGGCCUUUGGCAACGAGUGUUCCAUUGAUCAAAUGGAGCAUGUUCGAGAGAUGCAGGAGAAACUUGCUCGGCUGCACUUCGACCUCAAUGCAGAAGUGGAUGACGUGCCUGUGGACCAGCGUAAGCUUGCUUGUGAUACCAAUAUGGACAAACUUCUACUGAACCUGGAAGAGUUGAGUUCUUCAAUACAAAAGCUAAACCUUGCUGAUAACCAAGAUGCCCCCAGACCGUCCUCCACCAUCUGAAGCGCUGUGGUCCUGAUCCCCACCGUAGAUCACACAGUCCAUCUGUUACAGAGAAACAGCAUCAGUAUUGCUGCAUUUGUGAACGUGCUUACUUUCACAGUUGAGUCUUAAAUUGCACAUAACCCAACAUUAUCAUAUUUUUCAACUCUCUUACCCAUAUGAGUUUAUGACCAGAAAAUACUUCUGUAUCUUUACUAAAUCUGAAUGUUGGAUCUUAAAUAUUGCCUUACGGUAUAAUUGUGCAAUACGAGAAUGUUUGCAAAAUGCACAUCACUAUUCACUUUAUUUAAUAAGCAUCUUUCUUUUUAAACAUGUUUAUACAUCUUUACAAAGAUUUUAAAUAUUAUGUAUUUUAUUGAACACUGUGUUUUGACUUUGUUAACAGAAAGGUGUGGGGAAACAUGUUGCUGUUAGUAAAGCUGAGGAGUGUUUGCCUUAAUGCAGUGUUUGAGAAUACGCAGAGAAACUGUUUGUGUGAAUGAGACUACUCAAUAGAAUUUUUUUUUUUUAAAUAAUAGUCUUGUAGUACAAAUGUAUUUUAUUUCAAAGUGAAGUGGUCUUAAAUUGAAUGCUGGUGGUUUAUGUGGCUUGGUUUUCUUGAUGCCAUUAUUAAAGUAGUAAAGUUUAAUUACUUCAC